AAUCAAUGUUGGUAGUCCGCAGUGCAUCAUGGGUAAUGGCGUUUGUGUGUAUGGCUGUGCAUAAUUUCGUCGAAUAAAUUGAAAUAAUGCCGCGAUUUAGCCGCAAUAAUUAGACACAAAUCGGGGGUUUUUCACGAUUAAAACGCCAAAACAUGGAUGAGGAGCUGGAUAACAUGUCCGGGAGCGACUUUGACGAUGACGAGGACCCCGACAAGAUCGAAGUGCCUGGCGGGGGCAAAGACCUGGCGGCGGCCGCCUCGAUCCAGGAGAACCGCGAGUCGAAGCUGAAGCUCGAAGACAUGUUGAAGAACGAGGCAAAGCCGCCCCCGAUGAGCAUGGGGGGCAACAGCAAAAUGGGGGCCAACAUGGCGAUGCCGCCGUACGAGAUGAUGCGCAAUCAGAUGGGUUCCCCCUACAAUGUGGGCAGUAUGGCCGCUAUGGCCAGUAUGCUCAGCUCACUGGGGGGCCCCAUGAACAUGGGCUCCAUGUUCCCGCCCUCUGGACCGCAGGGUGGUUUCAACGCCGCCCAAUUUCUCCAGCAGAGUAAGUCCAACUCGCUUAAACACCUGGAGAUGGCAGCACUUGGAAUGAACAGCCCCUACAUGCAGAACCCUUUUCUGCAGAAUUUGUCCGCUCUGUUGUAUUCCAAUCAAGCGGGGGCGCCGCCCUGGGGGGCACAGUUGAGCAAUAAAGCCGUCGCCUCGAUGUGGAACUCGGGGGCGAAGCCCAUGCACCACCAGGAGGAGGAAGAGGUUGACGAUGAGGAGCUGGGUGUCGCCGAGACCUACUCUGAUUACAUGCCGUCGAAGCUCAAGCUGGGCAAAAAGCACCCAGAUCCGGUGGUCGAAACGGCCUCCUUGUCUUCGGUGGCUCCGGCCGAUGUCUGGUAUAAACUCUCAAUUCCUGACGACACGAUUCGUUCAGGUGCCCUUUCCGCUCUUCAACUUGAAAGUAUCACUUACACAUCACAAGCUCACGAACACAUACUUCCCGACGGUUCACGGGCCGGUUUCCUGAUCGGAGACGGCGCUGGUGUCGGCAAAGGCCGGACAAUUGCCGGCGUUAUUUUCGAAAAUUAUUUAAAAGGCCGCAAACGCGCAAUUUGGGUCUCAGUCUCCAAUGAUCUCAAAUACGAUGCUGAACGUGAUUUGAGAGAUAUCGGAGCGGGACGUAUUGAAGUCCACCCUUUGAAUAAAUUCAAAUAUGCGAAAAUCUCAUCGGCCGUUAACGGAAACAUAAAAAAAGGCGUGAUUUUUAGUACUUAUUCGGCCCUGAUUGGUGAAAGUAAUUCAGCUGGGGGUAAAUACAAGUCACGGUUGAAGCAAUUGUUACAAUGGUGUGGCCAAGAUUUCGACGGUUUGAUUAUUUUCGAUGAGUGUCAUCGAGCGAAAAAUUUAUGCCCCGUGGGUUCGUCCAAACCGACAAAGACUGGACUUACUGUUCUAGAAUUGCAAAAUAAACUACCCAAAGCACGUGUUGUUUACGCCUCGGCUACGGGGGCUUCCGAGCCCCGCAACAUGGCGUACAUGGUGCGUUUGGGCAUGUGGGGCCCCGGGACCCCCUUUAAAGAGUUCGCCGAUUUUAUUUCCGCCGUUGAGAAGCGAGGGGUCGGUGCUAUGGAAAUCGUAGCCAUGGAUAUGAAACUAAGAGGCAUGUACAUUGCGCGCCAGUUGAGUUUCCACGGCGUCGCGUUCAAAAUCGAAGAAGUGCCAUUGUCGAAAGACUUCGAAAAAACGUACGACGCUAGCGUGAAACUAUGGGUGGAGGCGAUGCAAAAGUUUCACGAGGCCGCCGAAUUGGUCGAUGCCGAAAACCGAAUGCGGAAAACAAUGUGGGGGCAAUUCUGGUCGGCACAUCAGCGUUUUUUCAAAUACCUUUGUAUUGCGGCAAAGGUGCCACAUGCCGUUGCCGUUGCUCACGAGGCGAUAAAAUGUGGGAAAUGUGUCGUUAUUGGCUUACAAAGUACGGGCGAAGCCCGUACUUUGGAACAGUUGGAACGAGACGAUGGUGAAUUGACCGAUUUUGUCUCAACUGCGAAAGGCGUUUUCCAAACUUUGGUCGAGAAACACUUCCCGGCACCUGACCGGAACCGAAUCCAGCGCUUGUUGGGCCUGGAUCCGCCCAUUUCCGGGUCGAAAAAGGCAACGAAUGGGAAUGACGAAGGGAGCUCGUCCGGGAAACGUAAAAUGCGUCAAGCUGCCGUUAGGGCCGUUAAACGUAAUAAAUGGUCGACGUCGGAUAGCGAUAACGAUUCGACGAAAAGUUCCGACUCUGAGUAUCACAUGUCGAAUGUUGAGAGUGAGGUUUCAGAAGAACAUUCCGAUUCUAACGCCAGCAGUGAUUUUAACCCGUUUAAUUCCGACAGUGACUCUGAUAACGAUCCAUGGAGUCGCAACAAAAAGAAGGGAAAAAAACAAAAGAAAUCGCCGAAAAAAAGGCCCUCCACGCAGGACAAGUUGUCCAUGUUGCUGACGCAAAAGACGAAUAAAGCCAAAGUGAACGGCGGCAUGUCCAACGACACCAAACCGGCAGCGCCCCCUAUGGACGCCAUCGAGCGUGCGUGUCAAAUGAAAGAGGAAAUUCUGUACAAAAUCGAACGACUCGGCGAACGUUUGCCCCCCAACACCCUCGACCAACUAAUCGACGAACUGGGGGGCCCUGAAAACGUGGCCGAAAUGACCGGUCGUAAGGGCCGUGUCGUACAAACCGAAGACGGUGGCAUACAGUACGAAAGUCGCUCUGAAGUUGACGUCCCCCUUGAAACACUCAACCUGACUGAAAAACAGCGUUUCAUGGACGGCGAAAAAGACGUUGCUAUUAUAUCAGAGGCGGCGUCGAGUGGCAUUUCGCUACAGAGCGACCGGCGGGUGAAAAACCAACGACGGAGAGUGCAUAUCACGUUGGAGUUGCCAUGGUCAGCUGACAGGGCCAUCCAACAAUUCGGGCGAACGCAUCGUAGUAACCAAGUCAAUGCACCUGAGUAUAUUUUCCUGAUUUCUGACCUGGCCGGUGAACGGAGGUUUGCCAGUAUCGUGGCCAAGCGAUUGGAGAGUCUAGGGGCGCUAACACACGGCGACCGACGCGCGACGGAAACGCGCGAUUUGAGCCAAUUUAACAUUGAUAAUAAGUACGGACGGGCGGCUCUUGAAUCGACCAUGAAGGCAAUCAUGGGGUACGAGAACCCGAUCGUGCCGCCGCCACGUGACUACAAGGGCGAUUUCUUCAAGGACGUGGCGGCGGCGCUUGUGGGGGUGGGUCUGAUCGUAAACAGUGAGAAUAUGCCGGGGGUUUUAAGCCUCGACAAGGAUUACAAUAACAUGUCCAAGUUCCUCAAUCGAAUCCUCGGAAUGCCGGUCGAGUUGCAAAACCGACUGUUCCGCUACUUUACCGACACUCUGGAGGCGAUUAUCACGCAGGCGAAGCGUUCGGGUCGCUUCGACUUGGGGAUCCUUGACCUGGGGGCCGGGGGCGAGAUGGUGAAGCGUGUCCGUACUGUCACAUUCCUCCGGAAGCACGCCACCGGCACCGCCCCCACGGAGCUGCACACCGUGCACGUGGAGCGCGGCAUGUCCUGGCCGGAGGCUUUGGAGAAGCUCUCCGAACUGACCGGUGAAGACGAGGGUUUCUACUUGUCGCAUCAGAUACGUAACGGGAAACACACGGCUAUUUUGGCCGUGGCCGUGUCGAAGAAAUCGAAGAAUGAGUCGAAGAAAGAGCAGAUGUUUUCGGUUUAUCGGCCGAACACCGGGCUGCAGUUCCGGCAAGAGAGUUUGGCCGAGCUGGAGAAGAAGUACAAGAAGGUCGAGUCGGCCGAUGCCGAAGAGGCAUGGACGCAGCAAUACGACAGUUCGGUGAACACGUGCUCGCAUGCCUAUUGGAGAGGGAACUGCAGGAAUGUCAAUAUGGGGCAUGACUGCGAGGUCGGGCUGAGGAGGAGGACCUACAAUGUGGUCGCUGGGUCGGUGCUGUCCGUGUGGAGUCGCGUGGAAGGCGUGCUGGCGAGCAAGAAUGGGACGCAUAAUAAUAAGAUGCAAGUGAUUCGGUUGCGGACGAAGGAUGAUUUGAAGGUUGUUGGUACGUUAAUACCAAAGAAUUGCGUGGAUGCACUGAUCGAAGCGCUUUCGGCGGACGCGGAAAAGACCGAAGAAGUGACGUUCGAUUAGAUCAAGUCUGACGUGAAAAGUCGUGUAACGUAUACAGGGCCUCAAGUAUUCAAUGGCACGGACAGUGACAUUAAAAAUUUUCAAAGACAUUGUGACUACUAUAGGUUUAGCGAAAGAAGAGAGUUAAGUUCCCAAGUAUUUUCUAACAGUGUGUAAAACACGCUACAAACAUCGUUUAAUGAAACAAAUCUGUGAAAUAGUUUUAUUUAGGUAAAUGUGUAUUUAUAUGACUUGUAGGUUUUUAAUUGCGUUUCAGUUUUUGUUGUUUCCUUUUCUCUUUUUUGAUAUAUUUCUAAGUUUAGUGUGCGUGAUACAAAUACAUAAUGAGUAAGACUUGCCUUUUUUAAAUUCAUUUAUCAAUUGCAUUCAUUCGAUAUAUCGUGUAUAAUAUUCAGAUGUGUUCUGCAGCAUAAUAGAAAUCAUUAAACAGGUAGAA